UGAACAAUAUGGCGGCGCCCGUGUAGCGGUGUGAAUCUGUCAAAUGUCAGUGUAUCGCGUGUUUAUGCGGCACCAGAAUGAAGCUUUGAAUGGAUUUAUAAUACAGAUCACGCUGAAAGGAUCGCAACAUAUCUGUUCAGGUCCCGCUGUUUGUCGUGUCCCAGAGUCCUGCCGAUGGCUGUAUGGAGGGUCGCUGUGUUCCGGUGGAGGCCGGUGCCGCGUGUCCAGCUGAUCCAGGUCAGCGUCCGCAAUCUGUUCAGUGAAUCUGGUGUGUGGGAGCGGGACUACAGGGCUGACACUCGCCGUCGAGUGGAGCAGUGCUGGACCGGACGCAUCCAGGAGCAGUGGCAGAGAGAUGUGGCUGACCAGAGCUCCUGGAAGAAGUUCUACGUCCUCUCCAUGUUCCCGUACCCAUCGGGUCGGCUGCAUAUGGGCCACGUGAGGGUAUACACCAUUAGCGACACCAUCAGCCACUUCCAGCGGAUGAGGGGCCAUCAGGUGUUGAACCCCAUGGGCUGGGAUGCGUUCGGUCUGCCGGCUGAGAACGCUGCCAUCGAGCGAGACUUGGACCCCGAGGAGUGGACCAAAAGUAAUAUCGAGUCCAUGCGGAAGCAGCUGGACAGCCUGGGGCUCUGCUUUAAUUGGGAGCGGGAGGUCACAACCUGUCUGCCUGAUUAUUAUAAGUGGACCCAAUAUCUGUUCAUCAAGCUGUUUGAGGCUGGACUGGCCUAUCAGAAAGAGGCGCUGGUGAACUGGGACCCCGUGGAUCAGACGGUUCUUGCAGAUGAACAGGUGGAUGAAAGCGGUCGCUCAUGGAGGUCUGGAGCUCCUGUCGAACAGAAGCUUCUUAAGCAGUGGUUCAUCAAAACCACCAACUAUGCCAAGCCUCUUCUGGAUGCCUUGGCCGAUCUCCCUGAAUGGUAUGGAGUCAAAGGCAUGCAGGCCAACUGGAUUGGCAACUGUUCAGGCUGCUUUUUCAACCACAUAUUGAAGGUGGAUGGUCAUGACACAGGGGAGGUGUUAUCUGCAUACACCUGUUCUCCAGAGGCCGUGUUCGGAGCAGCCUAUGUCUCGGUCCUGCCCUCCCACCGGCUGCUGCGCGGCUCCAGUGCCCUCAAACCAGCUCUGCUCGGAGCCCUGAAACCUGGGAGAGACAGUCUGACUGAAGUCACUGCCCUCAACGUGUUCACCGGCCGCGAGGUUCCAGUGGUAAUCUCUGCCAAGAAUGAGUUCGACGGACAUCUGGACACUGUGAUAGGGAUCCCAGAUAGCAGUGAGGAGGAUGAGAGUUUGGCUCAGUCUCUGGGUUUGAGCUGGAUCUCUGUUCUGAAGACAGAAGAAGACGGAUCACAGACUCUCAUGAACUCAGAUGAGUUUACAGGUCAAAGCCGGGAAGAAGCUUUUAACUCUGUUACCCAGAAAGCCCGGGAGAAGAACAUUGGUGGAUACCUCACUAGUACAAAGUUACGUGAUUGGCUAAUCUCAAGGCAGCGCUACUGGGGCACACCCAUUCCCAUAGUGCACUGCAGCUCAUGUGGGCCUGUGGCAGUUCCAGCGGAGGACCUGCCAGUCAUGCUACCUAAAGUACCUUCCCUCACAGGGAAAGGGGCGUCGCCCUUAAAGACGGCACAGGAUUGGCUGAGAUGCCAGUGUCCGAGGUGUAAAGGGCCGGCGGAGAGAGAAACAGACACCAUGGACACCUUUGUGGAUUCCAGCUGGUACUAUUUCAGAUACACUGACCCCCACAACCCGCUGAGGCCUUUUGCGCGUUCCCGAGCGGAUCACUGGAUGCCUGUGGAUGUGUACAUCGGAGGGAAGGAGCACGCCGUCAUGCACCUGUACUACGCACGCUUCCUCAGCCACUUCUGCAGAGACCAGGGCAUGGUUUCACACAGGGAGCCCUUCAGAAAGCUGCUGGUUCAGGGUCUGAUAAAGGGGCAGACGUUCAGGGUGGCAGAGACCGGCCAGUACCUGAAGAAAGAGGACGUUGAUUUCACAGGUUCGGAGCCCGUUCAGAGGGACACCGGGAGCCGACUGCAGGUCACAUGGGAGAAGAUGAGUAAAUCCAAACACAACGGGCUGGACCCUCAGGAGGUGGUGCAGCAGUACGGCAUCGACACCAUGCGCCUCUACCUUCUGUACGCCGCUCCACCUGAGCAGGACAUCUUAUGGGACGUCAAGACUGAUGCCAUCCCAGGAGUGUUGAGAUGGCAGGCCCGUCUGUGGGGUUUGGUCACCAAACUGAGAACGGCCCGUGAGGGUCAAGAGACGCCCAACCCAUCCGUCCUGAACAAGAGAGAGCGCUCUGAGGCCAAGAAGAUCUGGGAGAACAAGAACUACGCCAUCACACAGGGCCUCUCGAGGAUAGUUGUUGUUCUGAUGUGGAGCCGGCCUGAUCUGGACCGUCCAAGGGAAAUUGGCGAUCUAGUCUCAAACCACGACAGAAGAGCAGCUUCCACUAGCAGAGGUCACGUGUUCACAGUCUUUCGUUAGUGAAUAAACCUCCGUCCUCUCAGGCAGUAAUGAGGCACCUUGUGACAUUCAAGCUCUGAAAACUUCUGCUGCCUACAUAGGCAACUGCCUUCUAAGAAGCAGACUGAAUUGAAAUGCUCUACAUAGACAGCAACACAUACCACAACAUGAAGCACUCUGAAGACUUGACUUACAAUUCAAUCCUCAGAAUUAAGUUUGGCGUUACCACAUUGCUAAGCUCACUACGCAUGAAAAUAGCACAUAAUUUAUCCGAUAAAGUAGUGUAUUUUUUAAUAAGGCUGAACUACACUACUGUUCAAAAGAUUUGAGUCAGAUUGAAUGUUUUGAAACAAGUCUUUUAUGCUGCAUUUAUUUAAUUAAAAUACAGUAAAACAGUAAUAUUGUGAAAUGUUAUUGGGUCAUUUUGUGUCAAAUCAACCAAAUUUCUGAAACUUCCCCUGCUCAAAUUUUUGAGUAUAAAUUUAAUCAUGGAGCCACAUUAAGAUCUCCAUAUCUCUGGGAUUGAACUAUCAAAGGCCGUUAAAAUGCAGAUACCAAAAGGAAAGUUUGUUAAGAACCAGAAUCUAAAAGGAUAUUAAGAUAUCUUUAAUACUUCUUGAGUUACAGGCAUGCAAACUUAAGGCAAAAAGCACUUCUUGUGUUUUUUGCCUCAAGUCACUGUUGGCAUAUCUGGCCUUCUGUCACUGUUGGCAUAUAAUUAAACAAAGAUUGCUAAAGUAAACAGAUUUUACUAAUAGAUCUACCAAUCUCUGUGUAAAAAUAAAAUAGUGAUGUUGCCAUCUUUCUAAAGUCAUUUUUACACCCCUCUAAUUUGGCUCCAAAUCUCAGGUGAAAAUGGUCAUUUUGACCCCCCUCUACAAAAUAGUGGAUUACUCAGUAAAUAUACAUCUGUGACAUUUAAUAUUUUGAAUUUAAUUGAGCUGCAUAAUGACACUAUUGUCUUUUUAGAGCUGCUUUACAUCUGAACAAUCUGUGUUGUAUAAAGCUCUAUAUAAAUAAAGGUGACUAGAUAGGCAGUUCAGGUUUUGGGACAGAGCUCUAGUGUCCUUUAAAGUCGGCAUGAAACAGAAGUUGCAAUAGUCUUUUAUAUCCGAAACGGCUUCUGGAACAAGAACAAAUGUAGGGCGGGGCUUGAUUUUGUCCCUGGGGAAUUGAUUGGAUGGUUGUGGUUUGCUAUUGGUGGAUCUCAUGUGAGUGACAGGUUGCCCCGCCCUCGUCAUCAGAGAAGAGAAGAGAUGCUGCAAGAGGGAGGGGAAGUUAUUUUGAUUCAGGAUUUAUUUAUAUAUAUUUUAACCAGGACACGGACCGUGCGUCGCCUAUCAAUGACAUCAUAUCCGUGUUACCCUCGGUUUCCGGUUUUAUUUUGUAGAAACCAUGGAAACACCAAAGACACUUUAAUAUAUUGUGUUUUAUUAGACAGAUGAGCAAGAAGAUGAUCAGAAAACUAAUCAUGUUAUAGCUCAACACAGUAAGUCUUAUUGUUUAAUUCUCGUUUUCUUAAUUUACGGCGAGUACCAUGUUUUACCAUGCUUAAUAUCGAUCUAUCUUAGUGCAGUGCGCAACAAGUGUCUCACAGCAGCCGCCGAGCAAAUGCAAAGAGUAACACUAUAACAACUUUCAACACACAAAUGUAUCUAAUAUGAUAAACAGCACUGCGUUACCCGACAUACGCUUGACUGGAAGAAGCAGAAUUGGCGACUGCGGCAUAAUAAAAUCGUCUCUCAUUAGCAAUCGCUCCAGCGGCCUCGUUCUGCUCCAACAGCUUUCAGCCACACCCUGCUUCAUACUACAGUAAUGUUAAUAAAUCUUUAAUACAUUAGCUCAUCCAUGAACAUGAUUUUUGCCCGAGUCCUGUCAGAUUCUUUUCCACCAGCUGUAGACAAGAGGACAACACCUCCCAUGAUUCUGAGAAAUCAGGGCGUCAUCAAGAUACACCUUUGUUUUGAAUAAGUGACCUCUAGAGGUGAAAAUUACAUAAUGAGCCUUUAAAAAAUAAGAAUUGUUCAUUUUGAUGUAAGGGUGACUUUGAAAUGCUGAUACAAAGCUGAUAG